AUGGCGAAGUGCCCGCCGCCAGCCACGUCUGGGCUUCAGGGAGGCUGCUGGGCACAGCUGUCACAGCUGGGCGACAUCAGCGCCUCCCCUCAGCCCCCCCCCGAGUCUCCUUUCACCCCUCCCUCGGUCUUCUCGCCGCCGCCGCCCCUUACGCUCCCUAAGCCUGCCCUCAGCCCUCCCUUAGCGUCCCCUCCGCCUUCCCGCCCCUUUCCCUCAGCCCUCCCCGACGCUCCCUUCAGCUUUCCCGCCAUUUCCCGCCUGGCUGCCCUCCCCUGGAGCCGCCGCUGCGGCACAGCAGAGCGCUGGGGUGAGUACGGGGCUGUGCUGCGGGCUCUGGUGCGACGGGAUCAGCCCCCGCUCCCCUCCGACCUCUCGUCCCGGCCGGGGUCGCGGUGCGGCUGCAGGCAGCGGCUGCCCCGGCGCGGGACGUGGCCCUUGAGGGGCCCGCGCGGGUUCGGGCAUGGCGGGUGCUCCCUCAGGGCUGCGGAGUUGUUGUUUGCGGUGUUUGGUGCCAGUGGCAGUGCCGUGGUGGCCCAUUAUUUCACGGAAUCAGUAAGGUUGGAAGGGACCUUUGGAGACCAUCGAGUCCAACCCCCUGCAGGGUCACCUGGAGCAGGUUACCCAGGAACGCGUCCAGGUUGUUUUGGAAUGUCUCCAGAGACGGAGAUUUCACUUCUCUGGGCAGCGUGUUCCAGUGCUCUGCCACCCUCAACGUGAAGUUCUUCCUCAUGCUAAAGUCAAACUUGUAUUUUAUUUUAUGGCCAUUACUCCUUGUCAGUGCGCAUCACUUAAAAGAGUGUGCCAGCAUCCUCUUGGCACCCAUGUUGAUGUAUUUUUAGGACAUUAAAAUGUCCCUUUUAAGCACGGAGGGCAGAGGACGCUCGGGGCGCUGCCCUGUGACAAGAAACUCGCACAACAUUCUGUGUCACCUGCAAUCUCUGGGUUAUAUCAGACACAUGGGGAACAUUGGAGGAAUGGCAUUACUUGUUCAGCACUCCAGGCUGGCUGGCUGAGUGGGGUUCUCUGGUGAAGUGUAUGUUUUAGAAACAAAUUAUUAAGUAAUAUCAAACUAAAAAAACAUCCCUUAGUAUUACCAGAGUAUUGCAGACCAGGCCUCCUGACUGUUGAUCCCAUAUCCUUUGCUGUCUGUCUGUGCUUUACAAUCCCAAAGCUGAUUAUUUGUCUGCUGGGAAACAGAAAAGCAGCAAACUGCCUUUUUUUGUAAGUUGUGACCAUUUUCACAAGAGUAUUUUUA